AUGCUAAAGGACACCAAAGGUGAUGGUAAGGAAUUUAUGAACGAGGUGGCUAGUAUUAGCAGAACUUCUCAUGUCAAUGUUGUGACACUUUUAGGAUUUUGCUUGCAAGGAUCUAAAAGGCCACUUAUUUACGAGUACAUGCUUAAUGGUUCGUUCAAAAGGUAUGCCUUCAACGGCAACAUGAAUAGCGGAAAUUUACUAAGUUGGGAGAAAUUAUUUGACAUAGCAAUUGGCACGGCCAGAGGAAUUGAAUAUCUCCACCGGGGAUGCAACACUCAGAUCGUGCAUUUUGACAUCAAACCACAUAACAUCCUAUUAUAUCAGGAUUUCUGUUCUAAGAUCUCUGACUUUGGAUUGGCCAAGCUAUGCCUUAAUAAAGAGAGUGCUAUCUCCAUUGUUGGUGCAAAAGGGACAAUAGGUUAUAUUGCCCCAGAGGUUUACUCAAAGCAAUUUGGAAUAGUAAGUAGCAAGUCAGAUGUCUAUAGUUAUGGAAUGACGGUCCUUGAGAUGGUUGGAGCAAGGGACAAGAAUACAAGUGCAAAUAGUGAAUCUAGUAGCCAAUAUUUCCCACGGUGGAUUUAUGAACAUUUGGACGACUACUGUAUCAGUGCUUCUUAG